AUGGAGGAAACCCAACCCCCAGUCUUCAACUACAUCCUCUCCUUCCUCCUCGUCGGCGUCGCCUGGGGCUUCACAACCCCCUUCAUCCGCCGCGCCGCCGCCGAUUUCAACGCGCGCCAGGAGCAGCACCAACAACACCAACAACCAGCACCCGUUCCCUCAUCCUCCGAACCCACCGACGAAGCCCAAGAACUCACCUCCUACACAGACCGUACCUCCAACCCGACCUCAUCCUCCGACUCGGAAGAAGAAGAAGAAGAGGACCAACCUCCGCCGCCUCCGCCCGCAGCCAACCGCCCCGCCUGGAUGCAGUCGCACUCGUCCUCGCGGAGCGCCUGGCUGCGGAACAAGAUCGUCUCGGUGUUCUGGACGGUGGUGAACCUGCUGCGCACGCCGGCGUAUGCGGUUCCGCUGGUCAUCAAUUUGACGGGGAGUGUGUGGUUCUUUUUGCUCGUUGGGAAGCAUGGUACUUUCCCCUUCCUCUCCCCUCUGAUUUUAAUUGUCGUUGACAGUCCCGUUGGCUAA